AUUUCGUGAUAAAUUUGGAAUGAUUAAUAGAUGAGGAAAUGAUGACAAAUUUCAUGUUAGGAAGAGCUAUCUUUUUAAAUGUGAACAGGCGUUCGUGUGUUAAAAUGACCCACAAAUUAUAUUUUUGCAUGUAUAUAUGAAAAUAUCUAACUAAGGCUUUUAGUGACAUCAUUAUUGUGAUAUGACGUUAGUUUGCAUGCUAGAUUAAGAAAGAUAUAUUGUGUGAUUUAAUUUUAGCUACUAGGGCUCUGCUUUUGACAGACAAUGGCAUCUGUGUUGUGUUGUGUAAUCAGUGUUCUGGCCCAAACAUAUCCCCCCCUCACACAGCAGAUACAGGAGUGUCAAUUUAUUGUUUGUCCUGCACAUAGGGACCCUCACAGAACCUUCACACGGCAUUCAUUCCACCUGGCAGAAGCACUCGGACAGGAAAAGAUGUCUGGAGAUAUUUUUUCCCCUUUGGAUAAUCUCUAUGACCUGGACAGUGCCAACUGCCAUCCUCUGGUGUGCCACUUGUGCCAAGAACAGUAUGAGCAUCCAUGUCUGCUGGACUGUUACCACACAUUCUGUGCAAGCUGCUUGCGCGGAAGAGCCGUGGACAGCCGACUGACUUGCCCUCUCUGUGGAUCUAAAUUGUCAAACGACACUGUCUGGUCAACUAUACGGUGCCAAGGGCAUUUGUAGGAGAGAUUGCCUUCAACAGCUGCACCAUAAAUCCUGCCUUUGUGUUGGACUUAUUCGAAAGUCUCUGGGCACAUUGUGCCAAGGCCAUCUAACACUAUCUGACACUUGACAUUGGAUACACAGGUCCUGGGCUGGCUACAGUUAGAUGGCUGAAAUGUCUGUGUGCUCACCCUUCUGCUUCCAUAUAGUAAGUCUAGCAGCAGCUUAAUCGCACUCCGUAGAUCUUGCACAUAUGGAGGAAAUAUAUUAAAAAAUGGAAAAAAGGUUGGUGGUCUUUAUAAGGCAGCAUGUUAGAACAUCAGUCUGUUGUGAAAGGAAUAAAUGCACUCCCCCCAGAGGAUCGACUCCUGAAGUUCUUGGUGGACAGUUCAGCAGACAGUGAGGAAACUGUGCAGUGUGCCAACUGUGAUUUGGAGUGCAAGAAACAGGAUGUGGAUGCAAUGUAUUAUUGCAACACUUGUUGCCAGCCACUGUGUCGAGACUGCAGGGAAACCACCCACAAAGCCAAGAUGUUUUCCUGCCACGAGAUUGUCUCCUUGGCAAAGCGCACCAAAGAAGCCCACAAAAAAUGUGCCCUCCAUGAGGAACUCUACAUUAUGUUUUCAACGGAGAAAAAGUCCAUGCUCUGCAUCAACUGUUUCAGAGACACGCAAGUGGAGAGCAGAGCACACUGCAUUGAUAUUGAGACAGCAUAUAUACAAGGCUGUGAAAAAUUGGACCAAGCCGUCUUAGCUGUUAAGGAGCUUCAGACGUCAGCACGAGAAGCCAUUAUUCUGCUCAAAGCCAUGAUUGGAGAGGUCAGGGCCAACGUGGAUGAAGAAGAGAGCGCCAUCUGCACUCUGUUCAAUAAUAUGCAGGAAAGACUAGCAGAAAGAAAAAAGAUUCUACUCAAGGCAGCACAAAGUCAGCAUGAGGAGAAGGAGAGAGCCUUCAAAGAGCAGUUAUCUCAUCUUGCAGCGCUCCUGCCAACUCUCCAGGUUCAUCUUGUCACAUGUUCAGCCUUCCUAAGCUCAGCAAAUAAGUUUGAGUUCUUGGACAUGGGAUAUCAAUUAAUGGAGAGACUGAAGAAGAUUGUGAAACUACCACACAGACUGAAACCAGCACAGAGCAGUAAGAUAAACACAGAAUAUCGCUCUGAGUUUGCUCGCUGCCUGGAGCCGCUCUUGCUGUUGGGGCAGCGACGUUCACUGUCGACUACAGGGAGUGUGGCUUUAGGUCUGGGAAACACCAGUGGACUGAUGCAAUCAUCUCUGUCAGUGCAGUGUCACUCUCCAGCCAUGAGUGACUUGUCACUGUGCUCCUCAGUGGUGCACAGACCGACUUCACACCGUUACAUCAGCACCAAAGUCCUGCUGGCGGAGGGUGGAGAGACGCCCUUUAUGGAGCACUGCUGCAACUACGAGAACAGCUACAGGACUUUACAGACAGAAAUCCAGAAGCUCAAAGACCAGGUGCAGGAGAUUCACAGAGACCUGACCAAGCACCAUUCACUCAGCAAACCUGACACCAUGAAUGAGAUUUUGGAGAGGUCUAUUCAGGUGGACAGACAGAUCUCAUCAGAGUACUCCUCAGUCGAGCUCAUGCGGGCCAUGUUCGAGGAGAUUUGGGAGGAGACAUUACAAAGGGUGGCAAAUGAACAGGAGAUUUAUGAAGCUCAAAUUCAUGACCUGCUUCAGUUAAAACAGGAGAACUCAUAUUUGACCACUAUUUCCAGACAAAUAGGCCCCUACAUUCGCUCCAUAGCAAAAGUGAAAGAGCGUCUUGAGCACAGGCUGGAGGAGCCUAAAGAGCUCAAAGAUGAUCGCACAGAGAUCAUGCUGAAAAUCUAUGAAGACAGCACCUCUGCAGACACACUGCCCAGUAAUGAGCUGUCCUGUAACACUGAGGACAACUGGACUCUAAACAGCCUAUCAGAAGAGACCAAUCCCAAGAACAAGGAUUACUACAGGCCAAGCAAGCAGAAGAACACCACAGAUACAGCCAAUCGCAAAGAGAUACCAAUGUAAAACUGCUUUUAUGUUGAUCCUACAAACAGCUGUCAGUUUAGACAACUGUUACCCCAAACAAUAAGCAUGCACUUACAUUAAAUCUAGUUUACAGAAGCUUGAAAGAGAAAAACUAUUAGUUUACAGUAGAGAAUCACAGUAAUGUCAAAUAAACAUUAUAUUCAGUUUAUUUUAAAGGUUUGUUACAUUUUGCUGAAGAUGUUAAUAAUGUAAGCAGUGCAGUUAUCCAAGAGGUAGGGUGGUCCUCUUCCAUUAGCUUUUUGCACAAGCGUAGUGCAACUCUUACAUCAUAAAAACCUAUUGCAUGUGUUCAAAUGUCCAUUACCUGUACACAUAUAUAUUAUAGUGCUCGUCAUUGGUUAAAAGGGUGCAAGAAAUUCCUCUUUUUUUACCCAAUGUCUAUAUAAGCUACAUCAUGCCAGGUGGAGAGUGGAGCCUUCCUCCCAGAAAUGUAAAAUCAGAAAUAUUAAGACUUUGGAUACAGCAUAACCCCUCCGGCGUUUGGCCUUCUGAAUCCUACCUUCAUAGAAAUAGAUUUUACUGUUGAAUUAUCAUGCAAGUGUGAAGGAAAGUGACAAGACAUGGAUAAGGUAAUGAGUGAGUGUGGAAGUGAAGACAAAGAGAGACUAAUGCAUUUGACGAGAGGGCAUAAGCAUCGAGACAUGACUAAAGGACUGGAAAGACCAAUGGGGAACAAAUAAUCCAAAGAGGAAUUAGGCCUGUAAUUUAUCACAUGUUUAUUUUCCUAAUCAUAAUAUUAAAAUUGUCCAACAGCAUUAACAAAUCACAGAUAUUUAGAGAUUGGCAGAAAUGUGUUUUAAAAUGUGUAGACCUGUUGUGACCGACAAAAAGAGAUUUCUAAGAUAUGAUAUACUCCUUACACAAAACGGACAAUGACUAAAUGGCCACUGCAGUAAGUAUAUCUUAAGUUUAAUUUAAAGCCUAUCUGAAUAAAAAUACUGCAAGAGAUUUAAAAAUCUACUGAAAAA